CCCACAAGACUCAAGCAAAUGGUCAAUCAUGCCGAAGAAAUGAUAAAAAGCUUUAUAGCAAAGCUGAAAUUCCCAUUUCGAGAGCGAAAACAGAAAACCACUUUCGAAGACCUGAAUGGGACAGAUGACGAGUCUCCAGAAACCUCACACGCAGUUGACAACCACAAGAAUGUCCCAUCAGGCGGCCAGACUGAUACGGAAAGCAUUCAAUCUCCGGAAGCAGUAAUUGUGAGGGAGGUGAAUAAGACCAUGCUUCCUUUCUUGGACGACAUGUCAGACGCUGACUUUCAGAACUUGCAGGUCGACAGCUCCUUGGAAACAAUUGUUCCUCGGGGAGUUCUCGAAGAACUGCAGGAAUCGGAGGGGACAGACAAGAAAACACAAGGAAGCAGUGUCAAGGGCUUUUUUACUCUGCACUUUAGUAAAACAUGGCUAAAUCGCAUACUGGAUCAAAUGAAGAGAAAAUUCAGGAAGGACUCAGACAUGGAAUGCAGCCCCGUAUUGAUGAAGCACAUAGAGGACAUUAUCCCCGAGCUGCUAAGAUUGGAUGAUGACGAAGCACAAUUUGGAAAACAGAAGUGUAUGCCUCCAAUGUUGAAGGGAAUUCCAAGAAGCAACUGCCUGGUCAUCACACGGAAGCUGACCAACAUGCUCUUCCAACGGAUGAUGGGCGGUUUAACGUUCGCCCAUAGCGCAUCCUCAUCAAAUGCUACCAUGUACCAUGAGAUAUGGUACACCGUGUGGAACUUCACAGGGCUUUUGCGGUGGUGGCAGAAAACUCAGAUCGCCCCACUGGCUCAGAGGAUGAGAAGUGCUUUAGUAAACAGGAAUCGAGUAGAAACAUCACAGACAGGGAAGAUGGAGGACUCAGAAUACAGCGUGAAGCCAUUUAUUGAGUCCACCACUUUCAGAGACAGGCUGGUGCCUGACCUGAAUGGGACAGAUGACGAGUCUCCAGAAACCUCACACGCAGUUGACAACCACAAGAAUGUGGAAGAAGCUGUUGAAGAUGAUUGGCAAUGAAGAAAUGCUGCUGGUCGCCAACAGAGAGAAGAAGAAGCUGCAUGCGCAGCUGUUUUAACCUGACGACAAAUAACUAAGCCUGUGCAUUGACUCAGUACAUUGACAAAUAAAGCUCUUGAACCAAACCCAUAUAAUGUCCUUU